AUCUGAUAAUAAAAGUCAAACCAAGUCAAAGUCACAGAAUAGAUAACGAAGUAUUAUACAACAGUCAGCCAAAAUGGUUUUGGAAUCGACAAUAAUUUGCGUGGAUAACAGCGAGUACAUGAGAAAUGGCGAUUUUUUACCGACGAGAAUUCAAGCCCAACAAGAUGCUGUGAAUUUAGUUUGCCGCUCAAAAGCUCGCGAAAAUCCCGAGAACAAUGUUGGAUUAAUGACUUUAGCCAGUCUAGAGGUCCUGGUAACUUUGACGACAGAUGUUGGCAAAGUGUUAUCAACCUUGCACAGUGUUCGACCUAAGGGUGAUAUAAACAUGGUCACCGGAAUCAGAAUUGCUCAUCUAGCAUUGAAACAUCGUCAAAGUAAAAAUCAUCGUAUGAGAAUUGUUGCAUUUGUUGGCAGCCCUUUGAUAAACGAUGAGAAAGAGCUUGUAAAAUUGGCAAAAAGGUUGAAAAAGGAAAAAGUCAGUGUUGAUGUAGUGAACUUUGGAGAGGAGGAAUCCAAUACUUCAUCAUUGACAUCUUUCAUUAAUACCGUUAAUGGUAAAGAUGGCACCUCCAGUCAUCUUGUGACUGUUCCACCGGGUCCAAUUUUGGCCGACGCUCUUAUAUCCUCCGCCAUUGUUGCUGGUCAAGAUGGAAAUCCUUCUGGCUCUAGCGAUGGCCUCUUUGAUCCUUCAAAUGAUCCAGACUUAGCGCUGGCGAUCCGUGUGUCUUUGGAAGAACAACGACAGCGUCAAGAAGAAGUAAACCAGAACGCAGAGACGCCAAGUGUCAAAGAUGCUCCUUCAGCAGAAAUACCGGACAACGAGGAAGCACUAUUACAGCAAGCACUAAGAAUGUCCGGAGCGAUGUCGACUGCCUCUGGAGAUUCCACUCCCUUUCCAGACGAUGUUAGCAUGAUGUCUGAGGCCGAUCAGAUAGCGUAUGCCAUCAAGAUGUCCUUACAAGGAGACGAUACAACGAGCGAAGCUGAGACAGGAGAGGCGAACUCCUCGAGAGAAACGACACCAAUGGAUACUGAUGUGGCACCUUCAAGUAUUGGCGACGAUAUGCAGGACUUCAGUGAGGAAAUGGCCGAUCCCGAGUUCCUGCAUUCCGUGCUUGGUUCUCUCCCAAAUGUUGAUCCCAAUAGUGAAGCUGUGAGAGCUGCUAUAGGACAAGCUACACAACAAAGUUCUAACAAAACAGAUUCCAAAAAGACAGACGAGCCCAUGGAAGAGGACUCUAAUAAUAAAUAAAUAAAACAUCAUUUGACCAAUUAAUAACGUUUACUUUUUCAUUUAUUAAAAAAUUAACGUAUCAAAA